UUAUCUUGCAACGCCUUUUUAACAUAUUAGCCCAAAACUUAUUAUUUGUGAACAAUUAAUUUGUAUUUUAUAACUCAUAAUUUUGUUUAAAAUUUUGAAGUUCAUCAAUAAUAUAUACGAUUUGGGAGCGUAUCGUCGGAGAAAACAAAGAGGUUUCUGGUUUUUGGUUUUUUUUAGAUCCGUUAUAGAAACCUGGUGACGAAAUCCAAUUAUUUCUGUUUUACGGAAAGGGUUUUCGUUUGCGGUUGAGAUCUGAGAUCCAUUCAGUAGACCCAAAGCGAAAAAUUUCCGUUUCCGGAUGGUUUUCGCUAUGCAUGAUUUGGAGGAGGAGAUCCGUUAAACAGAUGCAAAUCCGUUGAACUCCAACAGAUAUGGAUUUUUAAAUUAUUAUCGGAAUCACUAGCUAGAAAACUAAGAUUGUAGUGUAUGCUGGGUCUUGAUGCAGAGAAUGGAGUUUGAUCAAGAUAAUAUCAGACCAGUGGUAGAAGAAGAAGAAGAUAGAUUGAGCAGGUUGCCAGAUGAGGUUAUUCGUAAUAUCCUGUCUUGUAUUGACAUGAAAUUUGGUGUUCAGACAUGUUUGUUGUCAACAAGAUGGAAGCUUGUCUGGACAUCAAUCCCUUGUCUUAAAUUCUCAAGUUGGAAAUUUGGUUGUUUACAAAAGUUUUCCGAAUUCGUGACCAAUGUUUUGUCUAAACGCAACAAUCAAAUACAAGUGUCAUCCAUCAACCUGGUAUUUUCCCAUAGACAAGAUUAUUGUGAAGUUAUAGUGAGAAAGAUUGCAAAUUAUGCCUUCUCUCACAAUAUCCAACAACUAAAUGUCGCUGAUGAUGAUACUAAUAGGCUCCAUGAAUUCCCUGCUUGCCUUUUUAGCUCUCACUCUCUAAAACAUUUUACACUUUGUAACUGUUCUAUAAAAUCACCACCCACAACGCCUUGGGAUUUUCCAGCUUUAACAACUUUGCAUCUCAGUUACAUCGUAUUAAUGUCUAAUAAAACCACUAAGGACUCUGUACAUGAUAACAUUUUCACCAAGUGUGUCAACUUAAAAGACCUCACUCUGGAAUAUUUCCGUCUCAUGGGCAUGAAGGUAUUUGACAUAGUAGCCCCUCGACUUUCUAAUCUCAUUCUUAUCGAGGGAAGAAAUGUAAAAGUCGUCAAUGUGAUUGCACCACAACUUGAGAAUCUCACAAUAAUUGACACCUCAUUGGAGUACUUGAAUGCUCCGGCAGGAGUUUCAUCUUUGCGCUACAAGUGUUAUUCUGGUCCUCCCCUGCAAUUGUCUAAAGAUGGAUUUCACUCCCUAAACCAAGUCAAUAUCUGCUGUUUGGGUUGCUAUCCAGUAUUUGAAGAUGCUCGCAAAAUUAUUAACAUUCUUCAAGAGCUCCAUAGUGUCAAAUAUCUAACACUUAAUGUGCAAAUUAUUGAGUGUAUUUCCUCAUUUCCGGAUUAUUUAUCGCACCUUCCAUCACCUUUUGGCAACUUAAUUUGCUUGAAUAUGGACUCUCACAUGAAUGAGGAUGCAUACAAAGUAAGAAUGUGUAGUGCAGCUAGAAACUUCUUGUUUGACAACUCCCCAAACGCGACGUUCACCAUGGACUUACCCGAGGAAACGCCUGGGCUUGCUGUUACGCCGAUUGACUGGUGGAGGUAUGUACGUAAGUACACCUUCACGGUGUCAACAGCUGCCAUCGUAGACGAUAGUCAUGUAUUUAAGAAGACCAAGAAGGAUAAGAAGAAAAAGGAGGAGAAGAAGUUGUCACGUCUGGAUGCCGUCAUGGUGAUUCAGAGGGCUUUCCGAGCAUAUGUGAUAAGGAGGUCCCAGGCUCUUUGCCUGCUACGUGAGCAGGCUGUUGCAAAGGGAGAAGUGCUUAAGGAUAUCUGGGCGUGUUGAUCUAAAAGGAAAAAGCACGUAUAGCUUCUUGGUGAAUUAUUUAUUUAUUUAUUUAGGUUUAAGAAAAUAACUGUUUGACCCAAGUUUGAUAUUUGUGUCGUUGUUUGUGCCUUCUCUGGUUCCAUGCUAUGUUAAGCUUGUAGUUGUAUUCAUAAGCUAUGGCUACAUCGAGUCUAAUACUCGUUUGCAUAUCCAUUUUCGUUUAUCUCAUCAUGGAAAGCUCAAAUUAAGCUCC